UCAAUAUGGGGUACUGUGUGUACAUUAAUGAGGGGAAAAAAAUGAACUUAAAUGAUUUUAGCAAAUAGCUGCAAUAUAACAAAGAGUGAAAAAUUUAAGGGGGUCUGAAUACUUUCCGUACCCACUGUAUCUCCUUGCACUGUACAAAAUCUCAACUCAUUAUCUCAUAUUAUAUUAACAGCAUUGUUUCUGUGAAGGUGGAGAAAUAGUUGGUCUGUGAAUCAUAUUGUUUUAGAAGCAAGUACAGUCCUGUCUGAUAAGUCAUCCAGGUAUCUAUGUGAAAGCAGACAGUUUUUAAUUAGGCAGCUUUUUUUUUCCCGCUUGUGAGGCUCACAUUUGCAUUCACAUGAAACACUUCUCAGAUGCUACUGUUUGUGCUCUGUUUUACUUACAUAUAACUUCAUUUUAAGCUUAUUAAUUUAUACCUCAUUAAAACCUCACAAUUCAUCCUUAUGUUUUUAAAAUGACUGUUGCCACUGGCUUACAGCUUCCAGAAAUGUUUGAAACCAAGGUAUAAAACAAGUUUUGGCAUCCUAUAAACUCAUGUCUUUUUGUUCUCAUAACACCAUUGUUUACUUCCAACUAUUAAGGAAUGGGAGAAGAAGGAAAACAUAUCCAGCCCUGUUUCAAUUACCUGCCAUUUUAAAAGAAUGGCAGUUCCAUUUAGAAAUAAAAUAUAUAGUUUUGAUCAUGACCCAGAAAAUUACACAAUUAAAGACCACUGUUAAGAAUGAAGCACUUUUCAAGGACUUUCAAGUAGCUUACUUCGUAUUUCACACAACCUUUUCUAGCAUUUUAACGCUCAAAAUUUUGAAUAUUAUACAAUUUAAAUGUUAUUUUUAAUGUGAUGACUAAAAACUUUUUUGUUCAUCUUUCAAAGAUUGUCCCCGUUUGUAAAUCUAAAAGUUUUACAAUGUAGUAAAAGUAACAUUGGGAGAAAAACAAACACUUAUUUUAAAAUUUAAAAAAUGAAAUUAUCACCAUAACCAGUAGAUGGCGGCAGAGGAGCAAUUAUUGGCUCAUUAGCCAUUACCACUUUUGCACACGUUUUGCUUUUGAAUUUAGUUUUAGAGAUGAUCAAAUCCCUAUUAUAACUAUAAUUUUUGUCUAUUUUUUUCACUUUGAAGUGUGAAGUAGGCUAUAUAUUUGUAGGAAAGGUCACAAAUUCUCAUGAAAAAUUAAAACUUUUAUUAAAAUUGCGAAUGAAAUUACACAGACAGCGAGUGAAGAGGCUUUAAAAUCACCUGAAGCUGUCAUUUGUGACGAUGCUGCAAAUGUGUCUAUUUACAACGUGCUUUUGCAGCAUUGAGUAUUGUAGCCAAUCACAGCCAUUUGUUGAAAAUAAUGACCAAUCAGAGGUGUUUAGGUUAAUGUAGUGAGAAUCCACUCAGUUUCUCUCAAAACGCUGUAUGAGUUAUGCUUAGUGCAAGUUUAGUAAAUUUUACACGCACAAAUCCUCUAAUUAGCUAUAACAAACAAAGCGGAGACACGAUUUAAAUAAAAGUUUUGUGAAGUUUAUUUAGACUAGUGAUGUUCGAUUCUUGAACGAAUCGUCCUUUUGAGCCGGUUCACUAAUCGAACUGAAUCGAACUUUAGUUCCGGGUUGAUGACGCAAGACGCACAGCCGAAGUAGCACGUCUUACUCAAAAAGUUUGCCGAGGAUUAGCGAGGAGUCUGAUGAGUGACUUGACGAUACAAUGCAAGCCUGAGGCACGUACUGGAAAUAUGCUUAUUAUGACUACUGUUAUUAAAUACCAUUUUAUUAAAAACCUGCAAAAACCUUUCUGUCUAGAGAUGUAAAUACAUUUUUACAAUGGUUUAUUGUACAUGCAUAUAUUUUAAGCUGUUAAGCAAAAUAAAUGAGUUUAUAACACUGGUUUAUUCUUUUAAUAGGCCUAUACUUUAGACAUGUAGAACAUUGUGCAUCAAAUGUGUGCUGUAGUUGCGAAUCUUAUCCGAGAUAUAGGCUAGCCUACUCAAUAUUGGUCAGUCAUAUCCGAUAUAAAGGAUCCACGAAUGAAACUGUGACCACAAACUCCAUUAAGUGCAUGAAAGGCAAUAAUGAGCAAUAUACGUUCAAAUAACUUUUUAUUUGAAUGUUUCAAUAUGCGUUGACACAAAUGACUUUAUUUGAAUGUUUCAUUGAUAUAACAUGGCAGUGAGUUGUUAGAAAAGAAAUGCAUAGUGACAUCAUUGCAUAAGGUGACCAGAUUUCUGAAAUGGAAACCGGGGACCGUUUAUUAAAAAAUGAGGACAAUACAUUUUUGGACGUUUUUGUUUUUAAUUCAUGUGGGUUCCUUAUAUUAUUACAUUAAUAAUUAUUGUUAUUUAGUUUGAUUAUUAGGAUUUUUGUUCUGGUUUUAAUACUAUUCACCAAAAAACUAUUACGCGAUUAAUAAAAGCAUUGUAAAAGCAGUUCAAAACAAUAUGCCUGUUAUGACAGAAGUAUGACUUUACAAAAGGACAUUAGAUUACAAAAAUAAAACAACAUAAAUAUAAGAUAAGAUAAAUAAAACGGCAUUUAAAUCUACUUUUUGAAAAGGUUCAUUGAGCCGAACUGUCCGAAAAGAACCGGUUCGCGGAAAUGAAUCGGACUUUGCAUCUCUAAUUCAGACUUGUUGAUUAAAACUGGAGUUUUCGCACUCUGAGUUUGCGGGGUAGCCUACUGACUGAUAGGGUGCUUCUCAAUAUAUCCACAUUUCCUCGCUCUUCCGUCCUCCAUCCUAUGACCUGGAAACCGAUCGAACUCAGCCGCAAGGAGGCGAGGAACGAGGAGCGAGGCUGCAGACUUAAGGGGCGAGUGGAUACACAGGUGUAUCCUUUGCGGAAGUCUUUCUCGUCGAAAAACCUGACGCACGUAUAAAUUCUCCUCCCCCUUCAUAUCUGUCACAAUAAUUUAAAUGUAUGCUUUACUUUUACAGUUUAAAUAAACUUUACAUCUCAUAUAUUUCAACGGGGCAUCUUGCUUGAUUAAUAUUUAUUAUAAUUUUUUUUUUUUUUUUUUUUUAAAUAACCAAACUUUAAGAACAUAUGGGUAGAUCCCUCGAGUGCAGUUAAUUACGCUUUGAAGUGACGCUAAAGGCAGAGAGUGAGGAUAUAUCAUUUCACUUGAUUCAAUUCCUCCGUUCUCGAGUCUUUUCCUUGCGUCCUUCACUUGCAUCCUGAAGGGGUUGAGCUCAGACGCGAGGAAAGGAAACGAGGAAUCGGGCUGUGUCCGAAAUCGCCCCCUAUACCCUUAAAUAGGGCACUAUUUGAGGGGACAUCCAUUUGUAGUGGUGUCCAAAACCAUAGUGGACGAUGUUGAGUGCACUCAUUCAAUCCCACAAUGCACCGCAAUAACGAGUGUACAACCGAUGCACGCUCAACGGCUAGAGAAUACCCAUAAUGCACUGUGAGAGUCGCGCGCUGAAUGAAUUCCCGCGUCUCGCCAGGAGAUGGUGCCCGCAGCUGAAUCAAUCAUCCAUUCAUUUUUCAAACCGCGCUGGUCCAGCAUUAUCAUACAGGUAUAAAUUCCUUUUUAAUUAAUCAUUAAAUCGUUUAAAAGGUUUGAAGAUGCUAGUUCAACAUAAAUAUUCAUUACAACUGGAGCUGCCAGUUUGCUACAUUUCAAAGGAUUAUUAAACAGUAGCACAAACUAUGCGAAAUCGGCAGCCCUUCCGGUGCACUCAGUGUCCGAAUUCACUCACUCGUUUCAUUCACUCCUUCAAGUGGACUAUAUUAGUGGACUAAUGUAGGGAAUAGUGAAUGAGGGUAUAGGGGGCGAUUUCGAACACAGCAUCGGUCUUUGUCAGGUGACGUCACACUCGUGAAAACCUAAGUGCAUUAUGGGUGUCGCCGCCAUUUGUAAGGUAUCCAAACAAUCUCUGUAUCAGUGCAGUUGUUGUUUUUUUUUCUUUGGCUUCUUUUCAUUGUAAAAAUGGCACACUUUUGUUGUGUGAAAAGCUGCAAUAAUAUGUCCCACGAUAGAAAAUGUCAAAAACUUUACUACGAGACAAGAUUUAGUCGGUUUCCUACUUGAAAAAAGGCUGUACGGAGAGUAUGUAAAGGCAAUAACAGAGGCGCCGGAUCGCAUGGGUUGCAGCGGUGAGACGCAAAACAUCACUUUCGUCAAGAUAUCUCCAUUCAUGUAUGCUUGCUCUCUACAUUUUCACAAAGCUAAGUUAGAGAUUUCUGUUUUCUAAAGUAGCAAACGUUAUAUCAACGCAUUGUUUUGGAUUGUAUGUGCUAUGAAACAACAAUCAAUUUAAACUGAAUCCCUUUACUUAAAUAUGUAUAUAUUUUUUUAAUUCUUAAUUUUGCUAAGGCUUUUUACAUUUUUAUUUUAUAUACUUAGGUACGACAUAUUUUUUGCUUAGUAUCCAUAUACUGAUUAUAAUUUUCUGACUACUUUUUACAGCUGUGGUUCUAUGUUAUGUUAUGUAGCUGAAAACCUUUUCAUUUCAUUGCAGGUCAACCUGCUUAAAGAUUAUGGAGACUGACCCCAUCUGGACACCAUCCCUCCCUACAUUAGGGCCACAUCAGCAUUAAACACACAGGGUGUAUCUCAGUCAGCUCCCUAGUUCAGUAGUUAAGGCACUGAUUAGGACUGUCUCAGUCGCAAAAUGUGUGUACACAAUAUACUUAUUCAAGAGCUCAGAGCUGAGUGAGAUACACACAGACACUAAGUAAGGAAAAACAAUACAGUCAGCUGACACUAUGGUCCAUCAGGCUGGAAAAAGUGAUCGGCUUCACACUGAAAAGAUGCAGGAAGAGACGGUGAUCUGCAUGUGCAGAAGUAAACUGACAGCUGCAGCAUGGACUUGAUAAGUACAGGAUGUCUGAUGUUUGUUUUGGAGAUGAUGAUGAUAAUGGUAAUGUACUAUAUGGGUCUGCCAAACCUGGGAACCUUUAUGGCGUUAUUACAUUUUUUUUUUGGUGCCUCUGAUUCCAGACGCAACGAACAUUCACAAUACAAAUUUCAAAUGCUUCUGUGAACCUUAAUGUACGUCAGAUUUGAUCUGCCCGCACAACACUUAUCUCUCAUGUUUCCUCAAAGACAGUAUACAGAACAUUCAAUGAAACUUUGCCAUAUCUAUAUACAAACCUGAAGCUUUCAGCUGUACGGGCAGACAGAGAUGAUUUGCACAGAAAUAUGUCUCCUUUGUUUGAAUACAGAGUAGCAGAGAUUGACUGUUUUGAGAUUUUCACAGAGAAACCAUCCAAUCUGACAGCGCAUGCUUGAGUCUUUUGUAGAAUUGUAGUGUAGAAAUGUGCUGAUGUAUUGCACCUAGAAUACUAUAUAUAAUUUUAUAAUAUAAUUUUGUGCUGAUGCUUUAUCCAGUCUUGCAUGAACAAUAAAGCAUGUAUAAUUACAUUUUUCAAAAUGUUGUUUAUUGUCUUCUUGUAAUCAACAUUUCAACAGCCAAAUGAAGUAUGCAAACCAAAUGUUGCACACACAGGGUGAUUUGUAGUUUUUUAUUGUGUUUCUCCAUUUUUGCGAGUUAUAUACUUGUUAUCUCUACUCUUAUAAUCUCUUUCAUUCUUACAGUCAGCAGGGAUACCACAAAUAUGGCGCCGCGGUGACGUCAUAAACAAAAUCACGUGUCUGACAGACCGAUUGAGAAUUGAGAAGCACCCUGCCAGGCUACCUUGGCGGCUUGGUCCCCGACCUCAUGUUUGUGGCUGGCUGAAAAUGAUCAUAGGCCUAAUUGGUGGGUAGGUAGCAUUAUUUAACACCUGUUAAAGACAACAACAGUCUGGUGCUAAGAAGCCAAAAAUGAAAAGAAAAAAGAAAAAUGAAUCCCGUGCAUCAAUUUCAGCAUCGUCUUGGUACUUAUGUUUUGACGCUUAUUAUUCUACCUCUUGCGUUUUCCUGUGAAAGAGGCCACAAUAAAACUCAAAUCAUCGAGGAUUACCGCAAUAUCAUCCAGAAACAGCUGAAAUACGUUGAGGCCAGAAUUGAACAACUAUAUUCAAACUGCACAAUAAGAAAUGUCAGCAAGUCAAAGGAGCCAAGAAAUGCCCAACAUAAUAUCCACAGAAAAAUAUGCAGGGUUAACGGAAAACUGAGGAGAUAUGGAAGCGAACCAGAUAAUGUAAAUGGACAACUGAAAGAUGUUUUAUAUAGACUUGUGGAAGAAAUACAUAUGUCCUUGAGAUGUUGGUGUCAACGAAAGAGAAAGAGGCAGAUGCGACAAAUACGAAAGUGGAAGCCUUGCAAAGUGAAAGACAUUCUUGUCAACUUACAGAGCUACUUUGAACAAUACAAUGCUUACCACUCACUCCGCACAUGAAUUUCCAGAGCGUGGGAAGACUUUAGAGAAGACUUCAGAGCAAACCGGUACAUAAUACUUGGCCUUGUAGCUCUAUUACACCAAUCAAAUGUACACGAUAUGAAGAAGUAACUGGACUCACCAUGUGCCAUUCAUACUAUUCAGCAUUUGACUGAAGAAAAAAUGCCUUCCAAUUCAUUUUAAUGGGGAAAAUAUACUAAGCAUAAACAUGGAAAAUACUACUAUGCAUGAAAAUGUUUUAGAACUUGGACAUUGCUUUUUCAAUGAUCAGGACUGGUAUAUUUGCCAUAGAUUGCUAAAUGUUUAAGGAUGGUGCUGCAAAUUAAACUUGCAGAGUUUAUUUGCACGUUGCUGUAACUAACACAAAUGUUGUUUCAGAGCAUAUGAUAUAUCAUUCUCUAAGCCUCAAUUUGCAAACUUUAUGGUCUUCACAUGCUUGGGGAAGUGACCCUAUUCAGCCCACCAAACUCCAAGUCUUAUAUGCUUUCUCACAGCUUUCCAAUAAAGUCAAAUAUUAAUCUCUUAUAGAAACACUUGUUUUCUCAUAAACUGACCAAAAUAAUUAUUUAGUUGAAAUCACCAAAACAUGUGGAGUGAGCUCAUAAGGUCUUGUACUUUGUGAGCUUAUAAGGAUUUACUUUAUGGUGCUUUUCCACUGCGUGGUAUGGCUUUGCAGGGUUUUCCACUGUGUGCAGUACCUAGUACCUGGUACUUUUUUAGACUUUGACAUUUGAUAUUCAACAGUGCUUUGAUCUGCCUGCAUUGACACUAUUCUUUAAGAGCUGCUGUGCAGCCAAAUAAUGUACCAGUUAUCAAUGUAAAGCUGCUUUGACACAAUCUACAUUGUAAAAAGCGCUAUAUAAAUAAAGGUGACUUGACUUGACUACCACCUCGGUUGAGGUUCCUAGCGAGCUGUACCGAUACUAAAAUGUGAUGUAUAAACACUGCAAAUCACUGAUUGGUCAGAGAAUCGUCACUACCAGCGUCAUUCGAUUUGCGACGCGAGACACCAAACCAGCUAGAUUUAAAUCGUCAGCAACAGCCACUGCAGUAUCAUUUGUUUGCAUGACUUUUUUUUUUUUUUUUUUUCUUGCUUUAAACGACCGUCAUACCCAACUUGAAAUAAGAAAUGGCUGUAUCGUGGUCAGUAGAGGAGGUGGCGGCGCAACUAUAAUGAUCAGUCUAUAAUUCCACCCACUUUGAAGCGAUAGCUUACUAAACCGCAGUGGAAAGCAAACCGAACCAAAGUAAAGCAAGCCAAGCCAUGCCGAGUCGUACCACGCAGUGGAAAAGCGCCUUUAGACAGUUUAUCUAUUUAAAAAAAAAAAAAAAAACUGCUUAUCAAACUAGACAAAUAUCUAGUUCAGUCAUGAACUCUAGAGAGCACAGGCUAACAGGUCCUUUACAUGCAAUCUGCAAGCAAUCACAUCAUUACCACAUGGCACAAGCUGAUUGGCCUCCGCUGAUCCUGCAGCCAGCAUAUUUUACAUGCGCACUGCAGCAUAUCCCACAUUCUCACAGCAGAAUGUCUGUAUCUGUUUGCAGCAGCAAAUACAUACUUAGUUUGCUGCAGCAGCGUAGCAGAUCUAGUCCGCCGUUAGCAUCCUUGUUAGCAUGGCCACCUCCCAUGCCGGUGAUGCUGGUUCGAAUCUUCCUCCAAGCGGUUCAGGUAGGACCAGUAACAUUGGUGCCGUGACCCGGAUGGGAGUGAGGUUUAAGAGAGAUGUAAAGAGCUGUGCAGGUAAAACCUCACUCCUCUGGCCUCGAGGCAUGCUAGAGGCCAUGGUCUUUAGCGUCCUUGUUCCAUGCUGAUGACUGGUUUGAAUCCUGCUUGGAGCAGGUGUGAGUAGGACCAGUUAUGUAUUGAUUUAUAAUUACAGACAAGACAUUAAACCUUGUUUUUGACUCAAGGAGCUUCUAAAAUAUCUUUGUUUAAUGUGGUUGUCAACAGUUUAUCUAUCUAUCUUUGUGAGCAACAUCGAGUUCCACAUAAGCUACAGAUCAAGUAAACCUAAUUUUCUUUCAUUGGAAUUUAAAAUUGCUUUUAAAUACCCAAGAAAUCGUUUCAGGUUGCCUUUUAUUUACUUAUGUCUUUAUUUAAACGUUUUUUAUAUUGGAAAAAAUAUAACAGUAGGUGGGCUUACAUGGUACGGUACAUAAUCUUUUUAGGGUCACUUCCCCUAUAUUAUAAACUACAUGUAGCUGUACAGUUCUCCCUGCUUUCAUAUUACACAAAUAUAUUUUUAUAUAUAUAACAGUACAGCACUGUUACGGAAAUUUUCAGAGCCUUUUAAGUUUUCUGAACUUGUCUUUAAAAAAAAUCAUAGCAUUAUUUUACAAUGUAUUACAAAUUUCCACUACUACAUUUUAAUACGUAUUCUAACUUCAUUGCAGUAGUGGCAAGCAAAUAUAUUGGGUUCAUAAACAGACACUGAAAUAUGAAAUGGGCUUUUGAGAAAAGCCCCAAAAUUAAGAGAAGUCUUUCAAUGGCAUUACAUUGUUGCAUGUAAAUAAUUAAAUGGGCAUUACAAAACACUGGAAAUAGAAACUAUGGGAGGCAAGACAGACAACUGUGCAGAAUGAAUGUGUUGAAUUGGCAGCCCUAUCUAAAUCAAUUAAACAAACAAGAAACAAUCUGAGCUUUGUUUACCACUUUAUUUAUGUAGGAUAACUUCAAUUCAGGAGCCAUUUUUACCAUUCAAUUCUUUAAUGGCAAAAUGUAUAUCAUAAUCCAUAUAGCAGGUAUAAAUAAGCCACGACAUGCUGUCAGAGCAGCAGUAGUAGAAGCAUAACAAGGUGCAGAUUGAUGCUCGAAAUGCUUAUGAGCUUGAGACCGGCAUGAACACACACCAGCUCCUUGACUUCUCUCACUCUGAACAGAAGUGAUAAAUCUUUAAGGCUCUGAAGCUAUAAAAUACUAUAGUAAAGUUAUUUUUGUAAGGUUGUAGCAUGGUGCACGUUCUGGAAGGAUGUGACAUGACAUUACAGUUGCCUUUAAGUUUUAAAUGUUGUGUUAAUGUGUGAAUAUGCUGAAGACAUUAGAUCAAGCGAGGUUGAACAGAUGUGAUGGAUUUUAUGUCUAAUAAAUAUACAACAACGACAA